AUGUCCUACUACGACAACGGCCCCUGGGCAGCACCAGGCCGUCAGCCAUCAUGGGAGCAGCAGCCGCCUCCCACGCGCUCAGGUAUGACCGCUCGAUCGAGCAUGUGGAAAACACCAGAAAAUAACAAUGCCACAGGCGCCAGCUCGACCGCCAACCGCGAUGAGUCCGCCGCCUUUCUCUCUCAGAUUGAAGAGGUCGAUCGUGCUGCCGACAAUCUACUCAAGAGCGGCAAGAUGUUUCCCACGGACAUGCCCGGUCGCCGAGAGUCGAUGCCAAUGGCUGCAGGCCGAGGAUACGGCGAUGCUCGUAUGGGCGGUCCUUCGCGCCAUCAUUCCGUUAGCGAUUACGAUGGCAUGCGAUCCAACUCUGCGUCGAACCUCCAAGGUUACUACGCCAGCCAGCGCUAUCAGCCGCGCCAGAGUGACGCAGACCAAAUGAUGCAGGCCAAAAGGCGCAUGGCUGCUCAGCGUGAGCGCGAGCUUCGCAACUAUCACCAGGAGCAGCAGUACAAUCGGAGACCACUGGCUUACAGUAUAGGUGUGCUCACAGACGUCUCUGGUGCCAAGUCCGACCGCUCCAUGAGCCCCAACGCGAUGAGCGAGGAAGACCGCCGUGAGCUCAUCGCUCGCCAGCAUCGUGCGUUGUACGGCAAUGAGUCGGCUCUUUACUCGAAUGAUGGCACCACGCGCACAAGUAGCCAGGACGUCCGAGUCGCUACAUCCAUGGCAGGCGGCCGCGGACAGUCACCUUUGGCCUACGACCCUUUCGGAAGUCAGGGUCUGGGUAGCUCAGCAGAGCCUGCAGUUCAGAUGCCAUCGAGGGACCAGGCCAAGGAUACUUCCGCAGGUGCGCAGCGCUCACGCGCCAACAGCACCUCUUCUCCAUCAUCCAAUCAGAAUACAUCUGCCUCUUUCAGCUUGUUUGACAACGCGCAGCAGUCCAGCCGCACCUCGAACUCGUCUCCGACCGGAGGUGAUCCGCCGGUCCAGGGCGGUAAAGGUCCAACCGUUGCCGGUGUCACUCCUAUCGGCACUCGCCCGGCUCAGAGUCAAGGUCCGCCUGCAGCCCCGGGUAUCAACAAGCGGUCGACCACUCCUCUCCCGUCUCCUUUGAGCUUUGGCUUUAGCGCCAACGAGCAACACAAAUCUAACGAGCGAUCUACUUCUACUUCCUCCAACCCUUCAUCCAGCAUUGCCGACAAGGGCGUCAGCCUUGGUUGGGGGAGCAACAGCGGAGUUUGGGGCACUUCUAAGAAUACCCUCGGCGUUCAAGCCUCUGUUUGGGGCUAG